CUAUCCUGUGCAUGUGACUGCAAAACUUGGUUCUCGUUGCAAAGUUCUACAUGUAGUCUCGCAAGUAUACGCUGCACCGUAGACGGUAGACCGGGUCUGUUGUUUUUUGUUAGCCAUGGCAGUCAAACUUUGAGAUGUAGUCUAAAACGCGAUCGAAAUACCCAGACUACGCAUGGACGCAAAGGAGCACCACGAGGCAGCAGCAAACAGCGCUCUCCGAGCACGACCUUCCUCCGUGCUCGGCCACCAAGCCGCCGCUACUAACAGCCCCGUGUUGAGGACGGGUUCAUCUGCAGAGGACUUCGUGGUUACACCCUUACACAAGGAACGACUGGACGAGGCCACCGAGCUCCUCCGCCGAGCUGUUAGCAUCGGAGAAAGCUGGUUCCGUAACGACCUUGCGCAUGAAAAGCUGGCCCUUUGGCGCAACAAGCUUGCCGUUGCUUACACCGACCAGGCAAGCAAAAUCACCCUGACCGCACAACCCCCGAGACUAUGGACAUGAUGCUAAAAGCUACUGAUCGUAUCUAGAGUACAUGUUAGAUUGUGAUAACUACAGAGUAGACCUAAACGGCAUACAUUCAAUGUUUUGAAGGAUGCUGUUGAUGCUGUGCGAGUGAUGGCACCUAGGUACAUUUUUGUUUUGAAUAAUUGGGUUAUUUUGCAUUUUCGUCGCACCCUGCCGAUGCCGUUCGAUGUGAACGUCACUUGUGCUAUGCAUUAUGCACCGCGGUUAAG